UUGGCAUAAUGUCGAACGGCGCCGAGAGCCUGGUGCUGUCUCCGCAGACGCUGCUGUCCUGCAACCGACGGCACCAGCGCGGCUGCGGCGGUGGCAAUAUCGACGUGGCAUGGAACUUCGCGGGCGAACACGGAUUGGUAGAAGAGAAAUGCUUUCCAUACACGGCUAAGGCCGAGAGAUGUCCUUACCAGCCGCAUGGGGAUUUGAUCCAAGAUGGGUGCCGGCCGAAGGACCCGCGCCGCACGUCGCGCUACAAGGUGGGCCCACCCUACCGCCUCCUCAAGGAAGAGGACAUCAUGUACGACAUUAGGGAGUCGGGCCCCGUUCAAGCUGUGAUGACCGUGUACCAGGACUUCUUCCACUAUCGAGACGGCAUCUACCGGCGCAGCCGCCACGGGGACAGCAAGCUGCAGGGACUGCACAGCGUCAGGAUCGUGGGCUGGGGCGAGGACCGCCAGGAAAAGUUCUGGAUCGUGGCGAACAGCUGGGGCACCGACUGGGGUGAGAAUGGCUACUUCCGCAUCGCGCGCGGCUCCAACGAGUCCGGCAUCGAGUCAUUCGUGGUCUCCGCCUUCAGCGACGUCACGUCCGCGUUCCUGCGCCCGUCCGUCCGCCGCACCACAUAACAGAGGGGCCAACUCAUCAGGCCGCUGUGUGUCGUCAGUCGCCCCUUUCAAACGUCCAGGGGGAUAAUGUGGUUUAAUUUUACUAGGUACAUUGGUUAGGUUUUGAUCUGUUGUACUGUUUUGGUUUAAAUGCUGUCUAGCGAGUAUAUGGUAACUCUGGAUUCAGCGUGAUCUACUUGCUCGCAACAGUAGAUUUGUUCCUGUAUUUUUUUCUAAGUAUUCAUUCUCAAUUUUUGAUUUCAGUGCUACCUAGUCCACAGAAUAAGUAAUAGUAUUAUCAUACAGAACGGCCACGCACUGCCCCGCCCCGAUUCGAAUUACCUCGCCCCGCGACAGCAGAUUGACGAGAUUUUGGCGAACGUUCAGUUCGGUUUUUAAGCAACUUACACAAUGACGCAUGACGCGUGUACAGAAAUGCCGUUCACACAUAGAAACGGAAAUGAUUUUUUCCCCUCACUAGCUCGGAAAGCCGUCUUUUAUCCUUUAAAACAAGCGGGGAAAAACGCAUUUUAUCCACUAGUGGGGAAAGUAAUUUGACCUUGGAUGGAGCGUGUUUAAGUAGCUUUUGACAGAUAACAAAACGUAAAACGCUCAUAAUAAUGGUUCGUUCGAUAUUAAUUAUCAUUAAAUAAAUGGUUUGAGAAUUUAAUAAAAAAUACCAAAUUUAGCUUUAUUUAAUGAUUUUAAGUCAUAAACCUUAAACUCCAUAAGAAACAUUUGUUUUUUUUAAAUGACGUUGAAUGUAAUUCUGAACGCAUAAGUUGAGUCGAUGCAAUUUCAAAACGCAUCGUCAGAAAUGUCAACAUUGUUAACAAAAAUUUUCUCACCGACUCCGACACGUAAAAAUACACAACUUCCAGAGUUUUCUGUUAUAAUAUCGUAUUAUCGUAAAAAAAUUAGUGAUUCCUGGGAUGAAGAUGAUCUAACGCCAGUGGAUGUUGCACUUUCCUCGCUAUAGUGAGGGGAAAAGUUUUGUGUUACACACUGGUGCAAUUGUAUUUUACUUCUCGUGUGUUGAAACACUCGCUACGCUCAGGAUUCUAUUUUAAAACCACUCGCUUCGCUCGUGGUUCAACUAUAGAAUCCUUUCCCCUGCUCGUGUUUCAAUUCCACACUCGCGGGUAAAAUACAACAUUGCACCCUUGUAUAACAAAUAACUAUUGAUGUAUGGCGUGUCCGCCCUGUGCUGGUUCUUACAUGAAAAACAAAACUUAAAUUUCAGCGUUAUGUGGGGGAAGUAGUCCUUUUUGCCACUGUAUUGACUAAUUGUGUGUGUGACCCUCAGGCACAAAGGCCACGCGCUCACACAAAAGAAAU